ACAAUUGUCACCCAUGCCAGUCAACAAACGAAUGGUAAAACAAAACGCAGGAUUCAUUGCGGUUUGUUUAGUGAUACAACUUAUCUAACUCUAUAUUAUACUGUUUCUCAAGCUUAUCUGAUAUUAUCGCUAUGAUUGAUCUCAAAUCAAGCAUUAUUACUUUUUCAGGGGUUUUCACAAUAUUGGCUUGUGUCACUCUUUGUUCUCUUCUGUCUGAAAAGUGGUUCGCGCUAAGCCUACUAUGGGCCAGUGUGAUGCUGAGGGAAUGUAUUCUCGGAAAUACUUCAUCAGCCGUCAGUAGUAACACAACUUGGAAAGGACUACCUAUGUUUAUAUGUUCUUUGAUAGGUUUGAGCAGAUUGACAUUUCAAGUGUGUCAAGUCGCCGACAUGCCUCCGAUUCAAUAUACCUGUACAGGUUUGACAGCUAGUACAGCAAUAAGUACUAUUGCAGGAGCUUUGAAAUGGGGCUUAUAGACGGGAGAAGAGGUUGACAAACUUACAAACUUAGCCUGACAAGUAUGGAACCUACUUUGGCAGAUUUUGAUACUGUACAUGCGCAUUGAAAUAAAGCACGUGCUGAGUCGAGCGGAGUAAUCAAGAUUCCUAUUGGUAAAGCUAGUAAUAGGAAAUACUAGAUGGCUUUAUAUUAUUCUUCACAAGCUGGGAUAGGCCCAAUUAUCUCAUUAAUGGAAGCAUACCCAUAUGAACGGUCUAGACGCCACAAUACCGAGGAAGAUACAAAACAGAACAUUUAUGUGAAUUAUGUUGGGCGAGAUGAGAAUAUACAGAUGGUGAAUGAUUUAAGUUGUAAUUACUCGCAUGAUAUGCUUGGGAUGAUCUCGUAAGCCUUGAUGAAGGUGAGCUGUACCAUAAAGGAGUAUGAGAAGCGCAGUUUGACAUAGGAUAUGAGCGUGUCAAAUGUGGCUAUUCCGCACAGUCAGAAGAUCAGAUAGGUACCUUCAUGGAGGUGAACCUAACGGCUAUAUGGAAACUGUUUGUUAUAUGGCAUAACAUUACCUAUAUCGUAUCAUCAAUUGUAAAAUCAAUGAAAUAAAUAAUACGUUAUAAAUGAAAAGAUUUUGAAUGG